GAGUCUCUUCGGGUGUCAUGGCGUCAAUGCUUGUCCUGAGAGCAAUUCUGAGGGACCAGUGCUUGCUAGGCAGCAUUUUGUGGUUUUAUUUGCUGAGUUCUGCUUCGGAAAGAACCCGGGAGACCCUCAGGCCACGCAAUGGCAGUGACUUUUGAGGAUGUGGCUGUGAAGUUCACCUUGGAGGAAUGGGCUUUGCUGAAUCCAUCCCAAAGGAAGCUCUACAGAGAUGUGAUGGGGGAAACCUUUAGGAACAUGGCUGCUAUAGGAAGAGCUGAAGAUGACCAGGAAGUUGAAAAAGAAUACAAAAAUUACUGGGGAUAUCUAAGAAAUGAAGAGAUAGAAAAAUACUAUCGAGAUAAAUCUUGGAAUCAGUGUAAAGAAGUAUUCCAUUAUACUCCAGAUGCUAAUGUGGAUGUGAAAGAGACAGACACACACAGUGAUGUUCAGAUCAAUGAAAGCAAUCACACUGGAGGGGAACCCUAUGUAUGUAAGCAAUGUGGAAAAGCUUUCAAGUGGCAUAGCGAUUGUGAAAGACAUGAAAGAACUCACCCUGGGGAAAAAUCUUUUGUGUGUAAGCACUGUGGGAAGGCUUUUUCUAGGUGCCAUGAUUGUAAAACACAUGAAAGCACGCACACAGGGGAGAAAUCGUAUAAAUGUAAACAAUGUGGAAAAGCUUUCAGUACACACAGAUACUGUCAAAGACAUGAAAAAAUUCACACUGGCGAGAAACCCUAUGUAUGUAAGCAAUGUGGGAAAGCCUUCUCCACACAAGGAUCUUGUCAAAUACAUGAAAGAAUUCACACUGGGCAGAAACCCUAUGCAUGUAAACAAUGUGGGAAAGCAUUCUCCUCACGGAGAUCUUGUCGAAAUCAUGAAAGAUGUCACACAGGGGAAAAACCCUAUGUGUGCAGACAAUGUGGGAAGUCUUUCAGCACAGAUGGAUAUUGUCAAAUACAUAUGCGAAUUCACACUGGAGAGAAACCGUAUGUAUGCAAGCAGUGUGGCAAAGCCUUCAUCAGAAACACUCAUCGUCGAAUUCAUGAAAGAACUCACAGUGGAGAGAAACCCUAUGUAUGUAAGCAGUGUGGGAAAGCUUUUAUGAGUUACAGUGUGUGUAAAACACAUGAAAGAACACACACAGGGGAGAAACCGUAUGUAUGUAAUCAAUGUGGGAAAGCUUUCAGCACAAAAUACCAUUGUCAGAUACAUGAAAGAGUUCACACUGGGCUGAAACCCUAUAUGUGUAAGCAAUGUGGGAAAUCUUUCAGCACACAUGGAUAUUGUCAAAUACAUGUAAGACUUCACACUGGGGAAAAACCUUAUAUAUGUAAGCAGUGUGGGAAAGGUUUCACCACACGUGGAGACUGUCAAAAACAUGAAAGAGUUCACACUGGAGAGAAACCCUAUGUAUGUAAGCAGUGUGGGAAAGCGUUCAGCACCCAAGGAUCUUGUCAAAGACAUGAAAGAAUUCACACUGGGGAGAAGCCUUAUGUAUGUAAGGAAUGUGGGGAUGCUUUCAAGAGCUACAGCGAAUGUAAAACUCAUGAAAGAACGCACACAGGGGAAAAACCCUAUGUAUGUAAGCAAUGUGGGAAAGCUUUCAUCACAAAAUACCAUUGUCGAACACAUGAAAGAAUUCACACUGGGGAGAAACCCUAUGUAUGUAAGCAGUGCGGGAAAGCUUUCAGCUCAAAACGUCAUUGUCAAACACAUGAAAGUGUUCAUUCUGCAGAGAAACCCUAUGUAUGUAAGCAAUGUGGGAAAGCUUUCAAUACAAAACGUCAUUGUCAGAUACAUGAAAGACUUCACACUGGGGAGAAACCCUAUGUAUGUAAGCAGUGUGGGAAAGCUUUUGCUACAAAGGGGUCUUGUCAAAUACAUGAAAGAAUUCACACUGGGGAGAAACCCUAUGUAUGUAAACAAUGUGGGAAAGCUUUUACCACACAUGCAUAUUGUCAAAUACAUGAAAGACUUCACACUGGGGAGAAACCCUAUGUAUGUAAACAAUGUGGGAAAGCUUUCUCCACACAGGGAUAUUGUCAUAUUCAUGAAAGACUUCACACUGGAGAGAAACCUUAUAUAUGUAAGCAGUGUGGGAAAGCUUUCACCAGGCACAGUCAAUGUAAAGCACAUGAAAGAACUCACACUGGAUAUUAAUUCUAUGUAUGUAAACUGUGGGAAAGCCUUCACCAGACAUAUUGAAUGUAACAUACAUGAAUGAACUUAGCUGGUUAGAAAAUCUGUGUAUUUAAUCAAUUUGGAAAAAAUAUUCACCAACUGCAAAUCUUGGCAAAUAAAUGAAAGCUCUCACACUGGAGAAAAACCCCAAGUAUGUAAGCUGUGUUGUAAAAAUUUCAGCAGACACAGUGAAUGUGAAAUACAUUAAAGUACUCACACUAAGAAUUCAUCCUAUGUAUGUAAACAAUUGUGAAUAAUUUCAGCACACAUAGUGAUUGUCACAUAUGUGAAAGAGCUUUCUGGGCAGAAAUCCUAUGUGGAGUAGCAGUGUAGGAAAGAUGCCAUCCACAGACAGUCUUAAAUACAUGAAAGAACCCUUCCUGGGGAGCAAGUUUAUAUAUGUAAGCCUAUUGAAAAUCCUGUGGCACUUUUUCUCUUAGUGGAGACCUGAGGAAAUAAUUAAUCCAAAAAUUUGGUAUCAAUUGUUCUUCAUGACAUUUCCAAUACACACAAAUCCCAGGUGGAACUAUCCUAAAGUACACACAUUGUGUGAUUUUCAGUAAAUAAAUUAUACAUAUGUAGAUUAUAUAUAUGUAUAGUUUAAUAUAGACAUAUAGAGUUGACAUAGUUUUGUAUUUUUGAGUGUCUGCCUAAUCCAAAGUGUGUUUUAAGUAAAUGGUGAACUGAAAUGUGCUUUUUAUUUUGUGGUAGUUAGUAUCUAUGUAGUUAAUGUUUUAUCAUUAAAAUGGAAUGAUAUAGCUCAUUUUAAAAAAGCUUAAUUUUUAUAUCAUUUUCUGUUAAUUGUUGGCUUAUGGCCAUAUGUUUCUUCUAAAUUUUUAGUACAUAUGCUCCAUAUUUGGUGUAACAAAUUAUGUUUCUGAAUUCCAUGCUACCCUUUAUAUUAAGAUUUAUAUUUUCAGAAGCUUUUGAACAUGUAUUUUUGACAACGUUUCAGGUGUUUUCCACACUAUAGACUAGAAAAUGUUGUAUUUUUCAUGUUGUGACAAGAUACCUGCUUAUAUUAUGACAUUGUUGUACCUUAUGUCAUGUAUAUAAUGUUGCAAGAUUUUCUUUUCUACUGGAGACAAUGUUCUCCUUUACACAAAUUUUUAUGUCUUCUUACAGUGAAAAUUUUACUUGUUACGUUUAUAUUACAUUGACUUUUAAUUUGGUGUUAAUUUGUCCACCAAAUGUACCAAAAAAAAAAAAAAAGAUAAACCAUUCUGCUGUAAAUUUUUAAUAUUCUUAUACCAGGAGAACCACAACAUGGCUCCAAAAGCAUAUCGUGAAUUACAGUAAUAUCUCUAGAAAGUGUUAAUUAUGGUGUGUUUUAUGAUUAAUGUACAAAGGUCUAAGCCAAAUGUGAUUCCUUUAGUCCCAGCAGCAGGAGAUGCUUAGAUGGGAUGAUUAUGGCAUAGAAGGUAAUUUUGGGGGCAAUUUACCUAGAGGCUACAGGAAACUGAAACAGUUUUCUCUAUACCUGAAUUUGAAAUUUAAAGAAUGAAACCAGUUGUGGUCAAUAAUAUAAACAUAGCAUAGUAUUGAAAGCAAAGUAUUGCAAAUCACUGUGGUUUUGUUCAGGAAAUAUUUUUUAUGGUGGUAUGUGUGCAGCAGCCACAUAUCUGCCUGAAUCAGAGUGAAACAUAAACAGUGAAACAUGAAUGAGCCCAGCAUCUCAUGUUCUGAAUGCAGAGAUAUAAAAAUAAUUUGUUUUCUCAAUACUGUUAACUGGUGUUUUGGACAGAAAAUAGAAUGACAUAACAAAAAGGACUAUAUAGCAUUUAAAAAUUCCUACACAAACGUGCUUGCAAUUCAACCACAAAGAAGAAUGAAGAAAUAACCUACAGAAUGGGAAAAAUUUGCCUCACAGUCCUUGAGAUCUAACAUCUAAAACAAAAACAAAAAUAUAGGACAGUGAAAUGAAUGCACACUUGUCAGAAUAAAUACAAAUUGCCAGUAAGUACCUGAAAAACUGUUGAGCAUUUUUGCCCAAUAUAGAAAUGCAAAUUGGAACAUUAUCUCAUUCCAGACAAAAUACAUCACCACAAACUCAAAAGAAAGUUCAUGAGGCUGUAGGGGUCUUAAGAGGAACCAUUCAGCAUCAUUGGUGGGAAUGUAAGUAGUUCAACUAGUACCAAAGUCUGUGUACAAAAUAUUAAAAAAAUCUGCUGGGCGUGGUGGAGCAUACCCGUAGUCCCAGAACUCAGGAGUGAGGCAGGUGGAUCAUUAUUAUUUUGAGACGAGUCUGGGCUACAAAGUGAGCUCAAGGCCAGUCUGAACUGCACAGCAAAACCCUAUCAAAAAGAAAAAAAUAUUAAAAGACUAUAAGUACUAAUUCUGUUUGGUGUAGUGUUUCCUUCUGUGGCUAUCUUCCCCGAAGAAUUAAAGACAUGAGAUCUCAGUGACCCGUGUAUAUCCCUGUUUACUGCAUCAGUAUUCACUUUUUCUGUGAGGCAGCAGCAGUAAGCACUGCCCUGUCAGCCACCAGAUACAAACAAUAAUAAAUGCUCUUCUUUGUACUCCAUUAGUAAAUUAUAUGUGAUGUCUUCUUGUAAAAUGGGCUCAAUGUUAUAUAUUUGUACUAUACUAUGAGUUAAUAUAAGCAUUAUAUGCAUGUGAAGGUAGCAAGGGCAUCAGUGUUAUGUUCAUUAUUUUUUGGAUAUUGAGUGCAUUUCAGCUAUUUCAGUUGCUGAUACAUUGCCACUUUAAACCUCAAGGAACAGCUGUAACCACCUCAUCUUUAUUGAGGUAAUGAUGCACAUAACACCAACCUCAUUAUAUUCUCUCCUGGGUUCAGUGCUGUUACUGCACUGCAGUGAAACAUACAUAUACAUGUGUAUAUAAAAGUUUCUUUUGCUACUUUUCUUAGAAAAGAUUUUGAAAAUAUUCCUUUAGUGAAUGGCUACUGAAUAUUCAAAUCAAGAUAGAAGGUUAAGAACAAGAAGAAUCAAUGAAACAUACAACCCUGAGGGAAGACAUAGAAGAAGCCUAAUAAAGAUUUGUGUUCAAGACUGAACACGAGUCUGAUGUUGAAUGAUGACCCCACUAAACGUCAAACCUAUUUAAGACAAUUCAAGUAUGCAGAAGUUUCUCUUCCACUUUUUUUUGGUUCACCAAUGCCAAAUCCUUUUGCAUAUUAACACUUUUUCCUCAUGACAGUUUUUUUUCCCACUCAGAUCAGUGGCCCACAUAUCAAUUAUUUUCUCUAGAAGGACACACAACCAUGCAGGUUUUAUGAAAUAUCUUCAUCAAGUCAUGCUGAUGACAAGAUUAAUAAUCCAAGAUCUAGAAAAAUCUUAAAAUUUUUAUUACUACAUGUAAUGUAAUUAAAUAAAAUUUAUAUUACUACAUGUAAUGUAUAUUUACUUGGUUAUCAGAAUGUUGUACAUGUAAGCAGUGCAUCUGAACUUAAGAGAAUAAAAUAAGACAGAAUAAAGCUAAUCAGAAGAGCAGUGUAAGUUAUACAGAAAUUCAAAACAAUGAUAGGAAAUCAACAAUGGUUACAUAAUGUCUCAUCUUCAAAAUUACUGCUCAUACCAUUAGAAUCAGCCAGUUGCUUAUGGGGUUUGGGUGUCUUGUCUCCCAGCCCAUGUGCUAGUUGACUCACGAGAAGGGUUCUUGUCCUUGUUAGUCCUCCUAGCAUGGCUUCUGCUAACUCACAGGAUGGGCACAUUGGGCUUGUUCUCCUGGGAUCCGCAUAGCUUAUGCCAGGUCACAGGAAGGGCAUGAACUCUAUUUCACCUUCAGUCUCCUUUCUCACCCUUUCAUCAUUUCUUCAUCCUAUUUCCAUUUGUAUACUAUCUUUGAUGUUCCAGAUACUUGUCUUUUGUUUUUUCUUAUAAAAGUAAAAUUAAACAGUAUCCUUGAAAGCAAAUUUGUUCAUCUCUACAUAGCAGCUUCCUAAAUAUAUACAAGUGUAUAAGAAUAUCAGUGUCCUUUAUAUAUUUCUAGAGAAAAUCCGCAGAAUGAUUCCAGUGAAGAGAAUCCUGCAUGAUGGGUAAGAGGCCACAUUGUGACCUUAGAAAUGGAAACCCACAAAUGUGAAGCAUGAGCACAUCUUGAUCACAAGCAUUUAAGUUCAGUGCACAAAAACAAGCAUCAGAUUCACGUACCAAAAUUUUUCAUGAAGGGAUGCUGGGUUUUGAGCUACAAGCUUUGCUCUGAAAAAUCCAGUACAUGUGUUAAGGGAUGUGACAGCAGGUAUGGUAAUCGUGUCCCUCUUUAUCCACAUGUUAAUUCUGCCAGAUUAGUAGGGUCUAAUAUUAACAAUUCCAAUACUUAAAAUGACAAGGUUCAAAUCAAGUGCUAUUCUUAGUAACAUGAUUAAAUCUCAUGCCACUUUGAUCCAUCGUUUAUCUUAAUGGAUCUCAUCAUAACAGUUGUGUGAUGUCACACUGUUAAAAGAAGGGUGAGUACAAUAACGAGAGCAACAUUUAGAGAAAAACAGCACAUUCACAUGGCACCAUUUGCACUGAUUUUAAUAACCAUUUCGGUAUCCAUUAAUGUAAAUAUUUGCAUAAUUAAUAAAUUUUUAUAGAUGUA